AUGGGUGAGGACGUACAGAAUAAUGUGUCCGAAAAAGACGACGAGGGUGGAAAGCCACACCGUCUGGAUUUGCUGGAGGGUCAGUCUCGACCAAUCACGUGGGAGGAGCUGCAGAUAGUCGACAACGACAACAUCAACGCGGUUUCCCUAGUCGCUGUGGACGGACCGCUUCAUGGACGCCUCACUGUCAGAGGCGGGAAGGCGUUCAUGUUCCGCGUGCAGGACCUGCGGGACGGCGUGGUCGUCUACCAUCACUCCGACAGCGACACUACCCGCGACCACAUCGUCUUCCGCAUCAGCGACGGGCGCCACAGCAUUCGUCACAAGUUCCCCGUCAACAUCCUGCCCAAAGACGACUCUCCGCCGUUCCUCAUCAACAACGUGGCGUUGGAGGUGCAGGAGGGCGGCGCCGUGCAGCUGGAGGAGGUCACGCUACUCGCCGCCGACCUGGACUCCAGCGAUGACUACAUACUGUACCAGCUGACCUCCGGGCCCCGGGCGGGGAAGCUGGUCCGGAAGACCUCAGCCCACGGGACAGGAGAGCAAGUGGACAGUUUCUUGCAGAGGGAUCUGAUCCAGGGUCAGAUCUACUACCAGCACUCAGGAGAGGAGCAGUUUGAGGACUCGUUCGACUUCACGCUGUCUGACAGCCACCAGCCGCCCAACCUCUCCCAGACAUACACGGUGGUGGUCCAUGUUUUCCCGGUGAAGGACCAGCUCCCGGUGGAAGUCUCCGGCAGCGUCCGCUCGCUGACAGUGAAGGAGACGGAGGUGGUGUACAUCACGCAGACUCACCUCCACUUCACCGACAGAGAGCAUCCAGACACAGACCUGACCUACGUCAUCACAGAGCCCUGCUUCAGCCCACUGCAUCCUGGGCUGAUGGACGCAGGGCGUCUGUUCUACACCGACAGCACCAACGCCAUGAAGAGAGACCACAUGGUCCCCGUGUUGAAGUCCUUCACACAGCAUGCCGUGAACCACCUGAAAGUGGCCUUCAUGCCUCCGGUGGAGGACAUCGGCCCCGAGCCACUGCUGGUCCAGUUCGUGUUCUCCGUCAGCGACCACCACGGCGGCUCCGUCUCCGGCCUUCUCUUCAACAUCAGCGUCACGCCGGUGGACGACCAGGCGCCAGAGGCCUUCACCAACCUGCUGCGGGUGGAGGAGGGGGGAGGAGCCUUUGUGACGGAGGAGCACCUCCUGGUGAAGGACCGGGACAGCCGCGAGGAGGCUCUGAGGGCGGAGCUUCAGAGGACGGCUCGCCACGGCCGGCUGGAGCUGCAGGGCCGGACGCUGCUGCAGGGGGACGGGUUCACCCUGCAGGACCUGAGAGGACUCCGACUCAGGUACAUCCACGAUGACUCUGAGACGACGGAGGAUGAAGUCCAUCUGAAGGUGACGGACGGUCUGAACGCAGCAGACGUCGUCCUGCCGAUACAGGUCCUGCCGAUGAACGACGAGCCUCCCCAGCUGGGCGGGGGUCUGCGGGGGGAGCUGAGCUGCGAGGAGGCGGGGCAGGUGCAGGUGACGGUGGACUACCUGUCGGCCACAGACCGGGACAGCGAGGACUCCAGACUGACCUACAUGCUGGCCCGGAGUCCCGCCAGAGGGGCGCUACGGCGAGCCGGACUCACCGUGGACAAGUUCUCCCAGCAGGACCUGCAGCAGGGACACGUCUACUACGUCCAUACAGGGGGAGAGAUCGGAGCAAAGCCGGUGUUCGACACUGUCACCCUCAUCAUCUCUGACGGGGAGGCUGGAGGGACGGACGGCUGUUGUCACGGCGACGCCCCGCCCCCACCCGUGCCCCUCCACGGCACGCUUCCCGUGUAUGACCUCAACAUCACCAUACUUCCUGUCAACAACAAAGUUCCCGCCGUCACUCUGGGUGGGUCGAUGUUGGUGGUGGACGAAGGCUCCUCCGCCUGUCUGUGUGGGGGGGUUCUGGGGGCCUCGGACCCCGACAGCCCCCCCGAGCAGCUGACCUUCCACCUGGAGACUCCUCCUCUGCACGGCUUCCUGGAGAACACGCUGCCGGCACCCGGCUCCGAGAAGAGCAACGCCGGAGUCCCACUCGAAUCCUUCAGUCUCAUCCACCUGACCUCAGGUUUCAUCAACUACGUCCAAUCAGAGAGCAAAGGGGCGGAGCCGACUGUGGACCAGCUGUCCGUCAGUGUGAGUGACGGGCUGCACCGCUCCGCCCCCGUCCCCUUCUACAUCAUCAUUAAUCCAACCAAUGACGAGGCGCCUACGCUACUACUCGCCAACUUCACCGUGAAGGAGGGCGGGCUGAGGGAGCUGACUCCGUCUGUCCUGAACUGUUUCGACCUGGACGCUCCCCCGGACGUCCUGACCUUCACGCUGGUGCAGCCGCCGGCUCACGGCCGCCUGAUCAACGGCAUCUACGGCACGGAGUUGAGCCGCUACACGGAGAUGGGAGCGGAGCUCCUGCAGAGGAGCCUCCUCGUCACCUCCUUCACCCUGCAGGAGCUCCGACAAGGCAUGAAGAUCGUGUACAUGCACGAUGACACAGAAACCCUGAAGGACGCCGUGGCUCUGCGGCUGACAGAUGGCGUCCACACAGUCCAGGGGACGGCUCAGGUCACCGUGCUGCCGGUCAACGACCAGAAACCACGACUGCUCAAGUACACACACACACACACACACACGCACACAGACGACGUGGAGAUGAACCGUCUGUGGUACGCACACACCCCCGCCCCCCCCGCUGCUGCCGCUGCCGCCGGGUUCAAAGGUCACGACAGCUUCCGCUUCACCCUCAGCGACCUGGACAACGAGACUCCGGCGCAGAGCUUCUUCAUCUCCGUCCACACCGUGCAGAAAGGUGACUUGUUGCUGCGGACGGAGGCGGUGCGCCUGGCGGAGGGACGGCGCGUCGUCCUGAACACGGAUGUCCUGCUGGCGUGGGACGCGUCCGGCCGCCCGGAGGAGCUGCUCUACACGGUGUCCGUGCCGCCGCAGCACGGCCUGGUCCACGCCGUCCAGCAGCCGGGCGUCCCGCUGACGGCCUUCACGCAGCUGGACGUCGCCGCGCACCGAGUCUGCUACACGCACGACAACAGCCGCCACGCAGAGACCGACUCCUUCAGUUUCGUCGUCACAAACGGCGACUCGUCCCGCAGCGGCGUGCUCCGCUUCAGCAUCGAGCACGGCGACCGUAUCCCGCCGACCCUCCAUCACAACACGGGUCUCCGGCUGCAGGACGGCGCCACGGCGACCGUCACGGCCGCCCAGCUGCAGCUCACCGACCCGGACACGGCCCCCGCCAACCUGAGCUUCGUUGUCACGCAGCCACCGCGCCACGGGAGACUGCUGCUGGGAGGAGUCCCUCUGGCGCCGCCACUGGCGUUCACGCAGACGGACGUGGACGAGAUUAACCUGGCUUACCGGCACGACCCGGCCAGCCCGGCGGACAUCGACAGGUUCUACUUCCUGCCGACGGACGGGAACAACAGAGGAUACCUGGAGUUUGGGCAGCUGAGAGAUGAGCCAGCUGUCUUCAACAUACAGGUGGAUCGGGUGGAUAGGACGCCCCCCAGUCUGACCACCAGGCGGAGUCCCAGCACCGUGGUGGAUCUGGGCGCCGGGCGUUACGGCAUCCUCAUCACCUCCAAACACCUGCAGGCGUCCGACCCCGACAGCCCAGUGGAGCAGCUGGAGUUCUCCAUCAGCAGGCCGCCAAACUUCGGCUACCUGGAGAACGCGCUCACAGGAGCUUACAUCAAAGGUCGUUUCACCCAGCGGGACGUGGACCAGCGCGCCGUGGUGUUCGUCCUCCCGGCCGACAUGGAGGUGACGGCCGACAGCUUCCAGUUCCGCCUCACCGACCCAGCGGGAAACACCAUGCUGCCCGAGAUACUGGAGCUGUCCUGGUCCCGGGUGGAGUUGUCGGCGACCUGCUACCGAACCUGCGAGACAGCGGGGACCCUUCAGAUACAGAUCCAACGCAGCGGGAAGAGCGUUGACCCGGCGUACGUUGCUAUCCAGGUGGAGGAAGGAUCGGCCAAACCUGGCAGUGAUUUCACUCACAGCACAGCCGGUCUCAUCCAGUUUGACCCAGGAGUCAGUAUGAAAACCUGGAACAUUUACCUGAUCGACGACGGCCUGGAGGAAAACCACGAGACCUUCACUGUCACCCUGAAAACCCCCAAAAAUGCCGUCCUGGGACAGAGGAUGUCCGCUAGUGUCGAGAUCAUCGACCCAAGAGGAGGACGGUGCGAUCCAGACGACCUGAGGGUGGACGAGGACAGGAAGCGACUCCCACUCCCUCAUCCUCCCCCUCCUCCUCCUCCUCGCCUCCCGGACCCUCCCAGACCAGAGGAGGACCCCGUCACCGACAUCGAGGCGGAGCUGCUGUGGGAGAACCAGCCUCACCCUCCCCGAGGCGACGUCCCAAACCGGCGGCCCUACCUGGACUACGGAGACGGGGAACCACAGGACCAGCCGGCCCCCGGUAGCUACAGCCAUGUUCUCCACCACAGCAGGCAACAGCCGGGGGGCGCCACUGGGAGCCUCAGACAUGGAGGGUUAAAAGUGCAUCUGUCAGGAGAGAGGAGGUCUGAGGAGAAGGUCUGGACGUUCCACAGUCUGACUCCUCUGCGGGUGGAGGAGCUGAGGCCGAGCGAUGCUGGCUGGAGCCUCCUUCAGGAUCCUCCUCAGAUGGAUCAUCCAGAACCCAGACGCCACCCAGAGCUACGCCAGCGCAAGACAGGGAAGUCAGUGAGCAGCUCGUGUCCUGACGGUUGGACUCACUACAGGAGACGCUGUUACAUCCUCGGCUCGUCAGUGGCCAGCUGGGGGAGCGCCGAGAGGAGCUGCUCGCUGCUGUUUAACAGCAGCCUGACUGGCGUGCGCUCCAGAAGAGACAUGGCCUGGCUGUGGAAGUUUGCCGGGAGGAAGCCAUUUUGGAUCGGUCUGUCUGGAGGUUCGGGACGCUGGAUGUGGGCUGACGGUGGCUCAGUGUCCUUCUCCAGACUGAGGGGGGCGCCGCUGGGCGAGUCCCACGGCGACUCGAACUGCGUGCUAGUUGAAAACCCCCGAAGCUGGAUUUCCACAAGCUGCUCCCCUGAAACCCAACACACAUUCAUCUGUUCAUCGGCGGCUCACACUCACUGAGAGACACGUUUACUGUUACCAGCUCGGUCUGAACGACCUGCGGCCGUGUUUGAGUCAUAUUUAAUGAUACGCAAUGAUGCUGCUCUGUACAAUAGUAUUCAUAUUUUUGUCAUAAUAAAGAUCGCUGCACAAAACCAAGAUAGCCUAUGAGUCUUUAAAUUUUAGAUGUUCAGAAGUUUUGACAAAUUCUUAUCGGUUUCACACUUUACUCCUAACUGUACUUAAGUACAAAUUUAAGGUAGCCUACUACUUGUAGCCUACUUUACUUGAGGAUUUUCUUUUCAUGCUACUUUCUAGUUGUACUCUACUACAUUUAUCUGACAGACAGUUGUUUUACAAAUUAUAAGAUUUCUGCUUAUAAAAUGUUUUGUUAUAAGUAUUUAUAAGUAUAAACUGUGUAUAUACCUUUGUGUUAUAGCUGAAACCAUUAGUCAAAUCAAUCAUUUAGCCAAUUGACAGAAGAGUAGCCUAAUGUGAAAAAUACAGUUGAAGUCAUUUUACUUGUAUAAACCUUUUAAUAAUGUGAAUGUAUUUGUAAUAAUGUUGAGGA